AUGCCUUCUUCGUCAUCAGAGAUAGUUCGACGCGACGAGCAACUGGCUGAGCUCACAGAACUUGCUACAAGACUAGAGCGAAUCUUUACGAAACAGAAGAACGAUAGAGAGUGUUUGUUCUUCGCUGGUAUUCUCCUACAUAUACUGACUCACUCCAAGACCGAUAUCGACAGUAUCUGGCAUUCAAUUGACACGGAACACAAUACUUUACUCGUAAAUUGUCUCAAAGCUCAUCCGGAAGACCUGGUUCUCUUCUUUCAGUAUUAUGAAAGCGAACGAAGGCGCGUUGGGGUUGUUCUGCUCACUUCCUGCCAACUUGUCCAAUCGAGCAAGGACAAUUGCGAGGUGUUGGCACAGGGUACUAUAGUUGCGCUAGUUGGCACAGAGACAUUGACAUUUAUACAUAUCAUUACACGGCGGUCAACAGCGGGCUAUCAAUUCUUCCUUAUCUCGGUGCAAUCUUCGUUACGCUACGCACGAAGACUGAAGCAAAGCACCAACGGAGAAAUAUCACAGUUGAUCUUACACUUUGAUGCGGAGGCUUCAGUGUCACUGAAUGGAAAGAGGCAGGGAUUGGGAGCGUCGACUCUCAGCCUAACAUCACCCGAUGACUUGACAGAUCUUCAAACAGUGAUAGAGAUAGCUGGCAAGGAGUUCAACAGACAGAGCACCGAGUUGAGCUCCCUCACCUCACUCACUCGAAAGACAUCAUCGAUAGUAAUAUCACUCGAUAGCGAGGAGGAAAUAACUGCGAAGUCCUCCAACCACGAAUAUCUACUAAGCGGGCCUAAAGAGCACUAUUUCUUGCGAAGCUCGGCCUCAAUUACCAGACUCGAUAAACCCGUGAGCGACAGGACAGUCGGUUAUGACUCCAGAUCUGGUACAGCGGUACCUCACGCAGGGGCCUCACACUUAGAUGGAAGUUCACAGGUUCCAAAGGGUGACAGGCCGAGUGAAAAAGAAUUGGUCGAACAACCUACCGCCUCAGAACCUCCCAUAGAAAGUGGACGAAAGUCUCUAUCUGAGAACGACGGCGAGAAUCUGUUGACUGCCUAUAACUUUGAGGAGUCAGCAAUGCAUUCGCACAAGGAGCCCUCUGGCUGGAAACCCACUGACACAAAAUCAGUCACAGUAACCGAUGAUGGACUGUUGAAAUCGCAAGAUCAUCAUAUUGAAGUCCUCAACAGCAAAGAUGCUAAAGAGCUAUCUGUAGAAGGUAACCUGAACAUGCAAGACAAAAAGCAACAAAGGCGGAAAAUAAGAGCAAGCAAAUCAAGUGGUAGAGCGUUGGGGCCAGACACACAGGAAUCUUUGAUCUUUCCAAUGCGCAAUUCAGCCAGGAAAAAAUACACUCAUUCCAGAGGGACAAUUGACUGGGACGAGGACCUUCGACCAAGUGACGACGCGAAAGGGCCGUCAAGCCAGAAAGAUCCCGAGGUUACUUCGGUUUCCUCACCUUUGCCUGGAGAGAGGUCUUUUUUUGAUCGAAACCAGAAGAAAGUAGGCGCAAAAAGAAAACCGAAGGCCGAUACAUUAGCCAGGAAGCGCAGAAAGAGUUCCCAGGCAAAGAACGGCGGGAAAGAGGCGCAUUAUUGUCCCCAGUAUGGAGCGGAGAGGCUGAAUCUAGCACAAAAUUCGAGACCGAAGGAUAUAAAAGGUCCCACAGAUAGAAGGAAAUGCCAGGACGGAAGCAAAAGGUUGGAAGAAUGCCUCGCCACUGAAAUUGCUGUGCCCGAAGAAGAAAACAAGUCUCAGCCAGAGAAUUCGACAAACAACGCGCCGGACAAUGGUCUCGUUGCAAACACUGACGUGUCAGGAGUUGAGAUGAACAUUGCUUUCCUGUCCGACGAGGCGAAAGAUAUGGGCUACCUGCUUGCAUAUAAGUCGUUAAGAGAACACUAUUCGGGCAAUAGAGACGGGCAUUCUAAUGAGAGCAUUGCAAGCAAUAUGAAACCUGCUUUGAGAAGCGAUAAAGAGCUAACAGGAGGGAAAGCCUUUGGCCAGAAUUUGGCUGCAGGUUUUCACGACAGCAGCUCCCACUCUUCCAGGCACCUGGUGCCAAAUGCUGCGAGAAACAGCCCCGCGGCCCACGGAAAGAUAGAGCAUGAAGAGCAGGGAUCACAAGAAAAUGCUGACAACAAGGGACAAGACGAUGAGAUAGCUCAACAUACAAACUCCGCAGCGUAUGCGAAAAAGACGCUAUCGCCCAAUGAUUCACGUUGCAAGGCUUCAGCUCCACCAGUGAUCAACGUGAAUAUCAUAUCAUCAGAUGGCAGAGCAGUCCAAGGACAUCAACCAAGCAGAAGCCAGGGCAGUACUGGGAUGAUCGAAAAUAAUAAGAGCAGAAAAAGGCGUUCCGUUAAUGUCGAGUCAGACAACCCCUCAAGGAAAAGAAGCUGGCACGACGAGCCCAGUUUAAUAAAAGAAUGCGUACCUCAAGGCCAGUCUGACAUGCAGAUUUCCCGCAACCACAAUAGCUCUAUCACGAAGAAUAGCAAAAUUGCAUGUCAUCGUCCAGGAGUAACAGGCCUGAGAGACGGGGUUCUGUCGGUUGCAGAAGGAAGACACAUCAGUCACCAGCAGGCUCGAAAUUCUGAAUCGAAGGCCAUGACGGCAAGCCAGAAAGCCGAUUCACUAGAUUCUACUGAUCACAGUGUUUUUCGAGUGACAGCGUCCUUGGAUCCAACGCCCAGAAAAACAAUAGUAGACAGGAAUGGAAGUCCCCGACUCGUCUUACAGCACAUCACUAGAGGCUAUUCUCCUGAUGAAACAGCCUUUGAUUUCAAUCAUGGAUAUGAACAAUCCACGCAAAUUGGAGUAAGUCGUGUACAGCGAGAGGUAAUUGAAUCAGGAUGCGAGGCGGAUCUGGAUCAAGUCGUUGAGCAAGGAAGCUUUAAGGACAGCCCUAAGAUUUCCUGCUUCCAUGAUAAGUUGGAAGCCUGUCGCAGGGACACCCUGCCUACAAAGUGGGAAACGGGAAGUCAUCAAGUUCCCCUUGGUAAAGAAAAGACCCCAUCUGAGAAAUGUGCCGCAAAAGGACAUAUCAUUACUUCAUCAGGUGAUGUGUUCACACUAUAUUUUCCAACCUUGCCGCCACCUAAGGAGCCGAAGUCUUUGCAAACAAACAGAGAUGAGCUGGCGCCGUCUUCAUCAGAGGGCAAUUUGUAUCCCACUCAUUCAAGUUCAGAAUCCGAUGAAAGGAGCUCAUGGAGCGAACUGCCUGAACAUGACUAUGUGCAAAAGCCUAUACAGUCACUCCAAGAAAAACCCCACGACGUGCUCCUGGUUACAAACGAAAAUCUACUGCGUGAGCUGGACCGGGAGAGAGCAACUUUCAGCAAAGUCCUCGAUGCAUACCGCCAGCAAUACUACCAAGUACUAGAUCAACUCUUUGCACGACAAGAAGAACGAAUAAGAUUGUGUAGACAGCAUAUGAAGACGAUCAAAAAACAUCACACAGACCUCUGUCAAGAGUUGCUGCAUCGUCUCCAGGAGAGCGAGCAACGUCUGACGAAGAACGCUGGCCAAGGAGACUCAAGCCCUAAUUUUGAGAAGAGCACCUGCAGGUCUCAUGAAUGUGUCCCAGUCUGCAGAUCGGCAACCUCGAAAGGCCCAGGCAUGAAUUAA